UGUGAUGGUACCCUCAAACCUUUUGAGCCUUUCAACGCAGAAGCAGACGCGGAGACUUUGCGCACAGCCACCAAGGGCAUCGGUACUGACGAGGACGCCUUGAUCAAUGUCCUGGCCUACAGAGCCAGCCCGCAGAGAGUGGAGAUCGUCAACGCCUACAAGACCAUGUUUGGAAAGGAGCUCGUGGAGGACAUCAAGGGCGACACGAGCGGCAACUUCUGCGAGGCCCUGAAGGGUCUGCUGCUGGGCCCGGCCGAGUUUGACGCGCACAUGCUGCGCUCCGCCAUCAAGGGUCUGGGUACGGACGAAGACGUUCUCAUCGAGAUUCUGUGUACCCGCUCCAACGCUCAGAUUGCUGAGAUCAAGCAAGCCUAUCAAGAGAGUGAGUCGUGUGAUGACACUACCGGGGACUACCAACGUUUGAUGUUGGCCCUGGCAACCGGAGGCCCGCCGCCUAAAGCGACAUCAGGAAAAGCCUUUGUGGAGUCUGUCAAGUACAAGACGGACGAACAACUGGACGAAGACGUCAAGAUGGAAAAUGAGCCAAAGCAGGAAGAUCCGACCCUGGUACCUUUUGAGGGUUUCAACGCGGAGCAGGAUUGUGAAGUUCUACGCAAAGCCAUGAAAGGAUUCGGAACGGAUGAGAAGGCAAUCAUCAGUGUCUUAGGCCACCGCUCCAUGGACCAGAGGAAGGAGAUCGCUCUCUCUUACAAGACUAUGUUUGGGAAGGACCUGGGAAGUGAGUUGUCCGGUGAACUGAGCGGUAACUUUAAGACUCUGUGUGUGGAGAUGUUGCUGGGGACCGCUGAGUUCGACGCAAAACAGCUCAACAAAGCUGUCAAAGGUCUGGGCACGGACGAGACGACUCUGGUAGAGAUCAUCUGCUCGCGGACGAACCAACAGCUGACCGACAUCAAGGCCGCCUACAAGACCAGCGUUGUUUGAGGCGGGGGAGAAGAAAUGGGGCACGGAUGAGUCUCGGUUCCACACCAUCCUGGUGUCUCGCAGUUACGCCCAGCUCCGCGCCACCUUCCAGGAGUACGCCAAGGCCGCUAACAAAGACAUCGAGGACUCCAUCAAGUCAGAGAUGAGCGGGGAUAUAAAGGACGGGAUGUUGGCUGUCGGAUGAUACUUCCGGUGACUACCGCAAAAUGCUGUUGACCUUGAUAGGAGAGGAAAGUUCUAUAAAGAAGUAAUGAUCUAGCACUUGAUGAAGGAGGAGAAGGAGAAGAAGAAGC